UUCAAUAUCAAUAAAUAAAAUAAUAUUAUGAUCGAUCAGAUAAUUAGACGCUAUUAAAGCAGGUAAAUCUUAUGUUAGGAUGGAUUUAAACUUGUGUAGAGUGUGUUUACAUAAAUCUGCAACCAUAUCUGUGUUUAGUAAAGAAAAUGAUGUUCAAUACAGUGCUAAAAUAAUGCGCUGUGUCAAUAUAAACAUAAGUGAAGAAGACGGAUUACCAUCAAUGAUAUGUUAUAAUUGUGUUGCUGAGCUCGCUGUUUGCUACCAGUUUGUGCAAAAAUGUGAAGCGUCCGACAAAACAUUACGUUCAAUAUCCAAUGACAAAUUCAGCGAAAUACAAACAAAAAUUAAAGUAGAAGUUAAGCUUGAAAACGUUAAAGACAAACUAAACGAAUAUGAUCAUGAGUACGAUGUGUCAGAUGCCGCUUCUGAACAUUUGCAGAACAUCAAGAAAAAGAAAGGUAAAAGAAAAGAAAGAAAACAACUGUUUAAAAAGAAAGUGCGGAGAACCAAAGCUGCACCUAUACAGUGUGUUAUUUGUGGUCUGCUCGUAAUUAGCCCAUCGGCAAUGCAAAAUCAUAUGCGCAUUCACACUGGUGAAAAACCAUUUGAUUGCUCGUUUUGUGAAGCGAAGUUUCGUACAAAGGGUGCAAUGAAGCGGCACGUAGACACUUACCAUUGCAAGCGCGAAAGAAAAUUUACCUGUGAAACGUGCGGCAACAGCUUCUUUAGGAAAAACGAUAUCAUCACACACAUGAGGGUGCACUCUGGAGAGAGACCAUACGUCUGCCCCUUUUGCUCGCAGCGUUUCCGGCAGGCGGCGUCUUUGAUACGACACAAGAGGACCCACACAGGUGAAAAACCUUAUUCUUGUCCAAUAUGUGAUAAGAAAUUUGGUGACAAAAAUCUUGUCCGGAAACAUCAAAGUGUGCACAGUGAGGAGAGAAACUUCAGCUGCCAUCUGUGCAACAAGUGCAUGAAAUCCAAGACUGCACUAAAUGCUCACCUGAAUUUACACACAAAUGAAAAGCAGAACAUAUGCAGUUUUUGCGGCAUGGCCUUCGCAAUGAAAGGCAACUUGCAGACACACAUACGACGAGUGCACUCUGAAAAGUCAGGGCAGUGCAACAUUUGCUUGAAGACUUUUUCGAACCUUGAGGUUCAUAUGCGAAAACACACAGGUGAAAAGCCUUUCACAUGUGGGUUAUGUAAUGCAGCGUUUGGAGUAAAACGGAGUCUCGCUCACCAUAUCAUGUUCAAGCAUGAAAAUGCUGAGAAAUUCAAGUGUUCCAUAGGGGAAUGCACCAAAACGUUCCCAACUGCCACCAUGCUGGAGUUCCACCUGCUAAAGCAGCACACUAACCACACUCCGUACAUCUGCCAGUAUUGUUCGCGAGGGUUCUUCCGCACCAGUGAUCUUUCCAGACAUCUUAGAGUUAGCCAUAUUGAUACCCAAGUUAAGUCAAUAUCUUUAAAACCUCUAGUUGUUAAGCCUUGUACUUUGGAAUACACAGUUCCAAAUGUAAUGUAAAAGUUGAAGGAUUUGGAAGAUAGUAAAUAAAAUUUAAAUUCAUUAUGAUCUCAAAUCUAGUAAAUAUUGAAUAAUAUUUCCACCUUAUAGUAUUAUUUCAUAGAAAUUUAAGUAACACAAGUAUAGUAAGCAUACAUUUUUCAAAGACUUGAAUAUAAUUUUAAAUGUUAGUCCUUUUGAUAGUCCAUUUGUAAUUAUUCUUUGCAAUCAACUUUGAAGAUCCUUUAACGAUAUGUACAAGUCUGAGUAGUGUAAGUUUUGAAAGUUGAUUGAGUUUUGGCAUUGUGUCUUAUUGUCUUCCCAAAUGACAAAAUGUACUGUAGUUUAAGUUAAAACAUUUAAGUUAAUACAUUCCUAUAUG